CCGCCAAAACCAACUUCCAAAUGCUCCCGAUCUCUCCAUAUUCUUCAUGAAGCCAAGCAUUCCACCAUCUACAGCUCGGGUUUAUAUAAACCCCUUCUUCUCCUCUCUGCUUCUCAGAAUAACACAAGAGCUUUGAUUUCUCUGCAAGUUGAAUUCUCUGGUUCUACGCGAUUAAUCAGCGUUUGAUUUUGGGCGGAAAUUUUACAUACAGAAAUGGCGGACGUUCAGAUGGGUGAAAGCGAGACUUUCGCCUUCCAGGCGGAGAUUAACCAGCUUCUCAGUCUCAUUAUCAAUACUUUUUACAGUAACAAAGAAAUCUUCCUUCGGGAACUCAUCAGCAACUCCUCUGAUGCGUUGGAUAAGAUUAGAUUUGAGAGUUUGACCGACAAGAGCAAGCUGGAAUCGCAGCCGGAGCUCUUCAUCAGGAUUGUUCCUGACAAGGUUAACAAAACUCUUUCGAUUAUUGACAGCGGUAUUGGCAUGACUAAAGCAGAUUUGGUGAAUAAUUUGGGUACAAUUGCAAGGUCUGGGACGAAAGAGUUCAUGGAGGCACUGCAGGCCGGUGCUGAUGUCAGUAUGAUUGGUCAGUUUGGUGUUGGUUUUUACUCUGCUUAUCUGGUGGCUGAGAAGGUUGUUGUGACAACUAAGCACAAUGACGACGAACAAUAUGUUUGGGAGUCCCAGGCUGGUGGUUCUUUCACUGUAACUCGGGAUGUCAGUGGUGAGCCAUUGGGCAGGGGGACUAAGAUUACACUUUUCCUCAAAGAUGACCAGCUGGAAUACUUGGAAGAGAGGAGAAUAAAGGAUCUGGUUAAGAAGCAUUCUGAGUUUAUAAGCUACCCAAUCUACCUCUUGGUUGAAAAGACUACGGAGAAAGAGGUCAGUGAUGAUGAAGAUGAGGACACCAAAAAGGAAGAGGAGGGUGAUGUAGAGGAAGUUGAUGAGGAUAAAGAGAAAGACAAAAAGAAAAAGAAGAAGAUAAAGGAAGUAACCCAUGAAUGGCAGCAAAUCAACAAACAGAAACCUAUCUGGCUCCGGAAGCCUGAAGAGAUUACCAAGGAGGAGUAUGCUUCGUUCUACAAGAGUAUAACUAAUGACUGGGAGGAUCACCUUGCUGUGAAACACUUCUCUGUUGAAGGGCAGCUUGAAUUUAAGGCUAUCCUCUUUGUGCCAAGGAGGGCUCCAUUUGAUCUGUUUGACACAAGGAAGAAGAUGAACAACAUUAAACUGUAUGUCAGGAGGGUAUUCAUAAUGGAUAAUUGUGAGGAGCUAAUCCCUGAGUACCUUGGUUUUGUGAAGGGUGUGGUGGAUUCUGAUGAUCUUCCACUCAAUAUUUCGCGUGAAAUGCUUCAGCAGAACAAGAUUCUCAAGGUCAUCAGGAAGAACUUGGUGAAGAAGUGCAUUGAGAUGUUCUUUGAAAUUGCAGAGAACAAAGAGGACUACAACAAGUUCUAUGAUGCCUUCUCCAAGAACAUCAAAUUAGGCAUCCAUGAAGACAGCCAGAACAGGGCUAAACUUGCUGAUCUGUUGAGGUACUACUCUACAAAGAGUGGUGAUGAGAUGACCAGCUUGAAGGACUAUGUGACAAGGAUGAAAGAGGGUCAGAAGGACAUAUACUACAUCACUGGUGAAAGCAAGAAAGCAGUUGAGAAUUCCCCAUUUCUGGAGAGGCUCAAGAAGAAGGGAUAUGAGGUGCUUUUCAUGGUUGAUGCUAUUGAUGAAUAUGCCGUUGGUCAAUUAAAAGAAUAUGACGGGAAGAAGCUAGUCUCAGCAACCAAAGAAGGCCUGAAGCUCGAUGAAGAAUCAGAAGAAGAGAAAGAGAAGAAGGAAGAGAAAAAGAAAUCGUUUGAGAACUUGUGCAAGGUGAUCAAAGACAUUCUUGGGGACAAAGUGGAAAAAGUUGUCGUUUCAGACAGAAUUGUGGACUCUCCUUGCUGCUUGGUUACUGGAGAGUAUGGCUGGACCGCAAACAUGGAGAGAAUUAUGAAAGCUCAGGCGCUCAGAGACAGCAGCAUGAGUGCUUACAUGUCCAGCAAAAAGACAAUGGAGAUUAAUCCAGACAAUGGAAUCAUGGAGGAGCUGAGAAAGAGGGCCGAGGUCGACAAAAAUGAUAAGUCAGUGAAGGAUUUGGUGCUGCUGCUCUAUGAAACUGCCUUGUUGACCUCUGGUUUCAGCCUUGAUGAUCCAAACACGUUCGCUGCAAGGAUCCACCGGAUGCUGAAGCUGGGUCUCAGCAUUGAUGACGAUGAGACUGCCACUGAUGAUACUGAGAUGCCUGCACUGGAGGAGGAUGCUAAUGAGGAAAGCAAGAUGGAAGAAGUUGACUAAGAUAAAUUGCUCCUGUGAAAAAAUAAUAUAAUAAUAGUCAAUUGCGAUCUGGUUGUUUUGUUUCUUCACAUGCGUCUGCUCGUUUGUGUCUUUCGAUAGGCUCAGGUGAGGUUUAUGAUGCUUUUGCCUUGUAUCUAAUACAUAAAUAUGUAUGGUAAAAUAAUAACUGGAUUUGGUAGUUCUAUAGAAAAUUGAAGUUGCAUUUCGAA